AUGAAAAUCUACAUAUUUGCAUACGUGUGCAUUUUAUCAAUUUUCGCAACACGGGGAGUGAAAAUCCAGAGAACCUGUCACUAUAUUUGCACGCAAGUGUUAAGGAAUGCUUAUGCAAAAAAGACGGCGAAGAAGGCGUUAAAUUUGAAUCCCCAUAGGGAGGAAACUUACUUGGAGGCGGUUCAGUCGAACAUAGCCAAGGCUACCAGGGGGGUUAAGAGUCCCUUCGGCCUGGCCAUCAUGACGCUUGCGCUGGGCUCGCUAGUAGGCCUCCUAUACAAACGCAGGAAAGAAACAACAACGGAAGGACCACACGGAUCAGGCGGGUCAAGCGGCUUGUUCAAGUACAAAUGUGUUAAAUGCAACUUGGUGAUAUUUCCAUCCAAAGGGAGGGACCAAAAAUUCGUAAAGGAGAACUUCAUUUGUCCUAAUUGUGGACAGUCAAACAUGAACAAGCACCAUACGAAGGAGUGA